GUGACGUCACCGCCGCCCCGCUUCCUUCUUCCGGGAUCGAGAGUCUCCAAACAUCCUCCGCCGAGUGAAAUAAUGUCUCAUCAGACGGGUAUUCAGGCUGCUGACGAGGUGAAGGAUGUUUUUGGCAACGCCAGGAACGGAGAGUACAGACUCGUGAAGAUCGUGAUCGAAAACGAGGAGCUGGUUUUAGGCUUCACCAAAUCGGCCGCUCGCAGCUGGGAGGAAGACUAUGAUGCUCUUGUGCUUCCUGCGCUGGAUAAAGAGCUGCCCUGUUAUAUCCUGUACCGCCUGGACUCCACCAACAGCCUGGGACACGAGUGGAUCUUCAUCGCCUGGUCACCUGACCACUCACCUGUGCGCCACAAAAUGCUGUACGCUGCCACCAGAGCCACGCUCAGGAAGGAGUUCGGCCUCGGACACAUUAAAGAUGAGAUAUUCGGCACCGUCAAGGAUGAUGUUUCUCUCAGCGGAUAUAAGAAGCACGUCACGGCUCAAUCAGCUCCUCUGCCACUGACGGCCGCUGAGGAGGAACUACGACAGAUCAAACUCAGUGAGGUUCAGACAGACAUUCACGUGAACACUACUAAGCAAACUCUUCAGGGUGUGGCAUUCCCUCUGGACGGAGAGGCCGUCGCUGCGUUACAACAGUUCAAGGACAAAAAACUCAACUACGUUCAGCUGAGCAUCAAUUUUGAGAAGGAGCUGAUCGUGCUGUCGAACACGGACGCCACGGAGAUGAAGGAUCUGCCCAAGCGGAUCCCCAGAGACGCGGCGCGCUAUCACUUCUUCCGCUACAAACACUCGCACGAGGGCGACUACCUGGAGUCUGCAGUGUUUAUUUAUUCCAUGCCGGGAUACAGCUGUGGGAUCCGCGAGCGGAUGCUUUACUCCAGCUGUAAGAAUCCGCUGCUGGAGAUGGUGGAGAACAAACUGCUGAUGGAGGUGGAGAAGAAGAUGGAGAUCGAUAACGGCGAUGAGCUGACGGCCGAUUUCCUCUACGAUGAGGUUCACCCCAAGCAGCACGCGCACAAGCAGGCAUUCGCCAAACCGCGCGGGCCGCCCGGCAGAAGAGGCGAGCGCAGGAUCACGCGACGCCCCGGAGACGGCCAGGACGCUGACGAUUAACCCGUCAUCAGCAGACCAGCGCCGAUCCAAUGCAGAACUAUGCACAAUGUGACACAAACACCUCUGCGGUGCGUUUAUGGGGUGUACUUCAAUUUUAAAAUGAACCAAUUAUUAAACGAUAUCGUACAAGGCUUUAGUGAUUUUAAACCGUGCCAAAAUCAGGUCGUAGUUACUGCUGAAGACGUGAUCUCUGCAAACCUUCGCCAUUCGAUUUAUUGUGUCUUAUAUUGUUUUAUUUUUCAAUUUUUUACCAAACACGAGGGAGAUGUUAAUCACGGCUCACAUCCGAUGGAUCAAACUCAUUUUUUUUACGACAUAAACUCAUUUUUUGAUAUGAUUGUUUUGGUUCCCUUGUGCCAGGAUGCUCAUUUUUCUAUGCAAAUGCUGUUCUGUUGUUUUGUUUUCCCAUGUUUUUGUCUCUGAUUGUGGCUUGAAGUGAAUUUCCCGCCGUCUCCUGAGGCGCCGGCCCGAUUUGCAUUACGAUGGAGCCAGAUCAGGACGCAUUAUUACGAUGAAUCUAAAAAGGGAAGAUGGAAAUAUAUGGGUGAAUUUGAUUGAAUCACUGUUAGGUCAAAACGAACACAGGUCACAUGGAGUAUCUACUGUCAUUUGGCAAACCACUGUUUAGCUCUUGAGUUUCACAUGUAGCCUGUCUGUGCCGAGUGUGUGUGCGUGUGUACAGACGUCUCAAAUACUCGUCUAUGUACAACUUUGUUUUUUUUAGAGAAAAAUAAAGUAUUUGAAUCAUU